GCCGUUAACACUAAAACGACCCGCCGUUUUCGUUUCCCUGUCCUAAGAUCCAAAAUCCUCCCAAAACAUCGUUGACCCCCAAUUGACCGAAAAAUGGGUAACAACUGCAGUAGCGGUACUCUCCCCUCCUCCGCCGAAGACCCCGCCGACCACCACCACCGCCCAUCAAACGGCGCCGUUCGCAUCCUCCCUCCCAAUGCCUCCGCCCCAUCCAAACCCAAACCCCACACACCCCCAACCACCACCUCCGCUUCCGGCACCGCUCCCAUCGGCCGGGUCCUGGGCCGGCCCAUGGAAGACGUCCGGUCCUCCUACACCUUCGGCCGUGAGCUCGGCCGCGGCCAAUUCGGCGUCACCUACCUCGUCACCGAUAAGCAGACAAAGCAGCUGUUCGCCUGCAAAUCCAUCGCCACCCGCAAGCUCAUCAACCACGACGACGUCGAGGAUGUCCGCCGCGAGGUCCAGAUCAUGCACCACCUCACCGGGCACCGCAACAUCGUGGAGCUCAAGGGAGCUUACGAGGACCGCCACUCCGUGAACCUGGUCAUGGAGCUCUGCGCCGGCGGCGAGCUCUUCGAUCGGAUCAUGGCUAAAGGCCACUACUCCGAGCGAGCUGCGGCCAAUCUCUGCCGGCAGAUCGUCACCGUGGUUCACUACUGUCACUCGAUGGGGGUUAUGCAUAGGGAUUUGAAGCCGGAGAAUUUCUUGCUUUUGAGCAAGGACGAGGACUCGCCGCUCAAGGCCACCGAUUUCGGGCUCUCGGUGUUCUUUAAGCCAGGAGAUGUAUUUAAGGAUCUUGUGGGAAGUGCAUAUUAUGUUGCUCCUGAAGUGCUGCGUCGUCGUUAUGGAGCUGAGGCUGAUAUUUGGAGUGCAGGGGUGAUACUAUACAUUCUACUUAGUGGGGUCCCACCAUUCUGGGGAGAGAAUGAACAAGGUAUCUUUGAUGCUAUCCUUCGGGGACAUCUUGACUUUGUGUCUGAUCCUUGGCCUUCCAUUUCCAGCAGUGCCAAAGAUCUUGUGAAGAAAAUGCUCCGAGCUGAUCCUAAGGAACGACUUACAGCAGCUGACGUCCUGAGUCAUCCAUGGAUGCGGGAAGAUGGUGAUGCAUCUGAUAAACCUCUUGAUAGUGCUGUUCUAUCUAGAAUGAAACAGUUCAGGGCAAUGAACAAACUCAAGAAAGUAGCAUUGAAGGUAAUUGCAGAAAAUCUUUCUGAAGAAGAAAUCAUAGGCUUGAAGGAAAUGUUCAAAUCCAUGGACACAGAUAACAGUGGAACAAUUACAUAUGAAGAGUUAAAAGCUGGCCUUCCGAAAAUGGGUACCAAGCUCUCUGAGUCUGAAGUGAGACAGUUGAUGGAAGCGGCUGAUGUCGAUGGAAAUGGAACAAUUGACUACAUCGAGUUUAUAACAGCUACCAUGCACAUGAAUAGAAUGGAAAGAGAGGAUCAUUUAUACAAAGCCUUUGAAUAUUUUGACGAAGACAAGAGCGGGUACAUCACGGUGGAAGAGUUGGAGCAAGCGCUUAAGAAGUAUAAUAUGGGUGAUGAGAAAACAAUCAAGGAAAUCAUUGCAGAAGUUGACACAGAUUGUGAUGGAAGGAUUAACUAUGAUGAGUUUGCAGCCAUGAUGAGGAAAGGCAAUCCUGAGUUGGUCACAAAUAGAAGAAGAAAAUAAAUUGAAGACAGUUUGUAUGUUCUGGGCUGCCUUAACCAGUUUGCAGGAUAAUACUACUGCUGUUUGUAGGGGGGGGCCGCGACUAAUCCAGAGACUUGCCUUGGCGCCCAUCUAGACCCGCCCAGGCACCCGCCAGGCUAGGUGGCCUUUUUUUUUUUUUUUUUUUUUUUCUGGGGGUAUCAUUCUAUUUAGCAUAAGCGGGUUCUCUAACCCCAACUCCCACAUGUUAAAGAAAACAAAUUGAAUAAAGUUAUGUUAUCCCCCCUAUUUUUUUCAUCUAUUUCGCAAUUUUUACCUUGUAACUGAAAAUGUUGGUUGGCUCUUGAACCAGACUAUGAGUAAGGCAGUAUCAAAAGCUGGAGAAGCUAGAAAUGUAAUGAUUUGGAUUUGGAUUUUGCCUAGAUUA